UGGGCUAAGCCAAUAGAUUUGUGGCUUAUAUGUCCAAUUCGAAUAAAUAAAACGUCCUCAUUUCUUCCUCCAUCCCUUUUUUUUUUUUUGUUUGUUUCUCUUCAUGCAAAUCAUAUGAUUUGUUAAUUCCCAUAAAGUCUCGUAAAAAGUGCAGCAGACUACAAUUUUCGCAUCGUCGAUAUACCGAUGUAUCAACACAAAAUAAGUGUUUGAAGCAGUUGCAUUUUUAUGGAUAUAUAUGAAUGAAAAUUUGUUGCUAUUUCACUCACGCAAGUAUACUAACAUUAAGAGUAUUUUGUAAUUGCGUGUCUAAUGAAAAUUUCUUGUUUUCUUAUUUUUCUUUUUUUUGUUAAAUUUCUUGUGCAUCGUUUGUACCUAUAAUAUUUAUUAACACCACUAUACGAAUUUUUACGUUUUAAAAGCAAUUGAAUAUGAAUUUCAACAAUGAAACUGCCAAGCAAGUGCUUAUCGAUAUAAUACGUACAGUAAAUCAACCGGAAAAUUCUAAAAAACUAUCAGAGGCUAAAGCGUCCGCCGGCAAAGAAAUGUUACUGAUGAUGCAGCACGUCUUCCCGUUAGUUAUGCAAUUGCAAACCGAUGUCAUUAAAUCGUAUGGGUUUUCUGGGAAUCGAGAGGGGCUGGUUCAAUUCUCCCAAUUAAUACGUGAAAUGGAACGUGACGAUGUCGAAAUCGCCCGAUUACGUAGUCAAAUACGAGCGAUUUACUUACCACCAAUUGCCAUCAACACUACCAAUGAUAUAUUAAUAUAGAAUUUUUCCGAUUUUUAGGUUUAGAUUUUGUAAACAAUGAACUGCCGAUAUAUUGGAACUUUUGUUCUAAAUAAUGUUUCUAUGUAUGUGUUAUAAUAUAUGAAUAAUAAACAGGCUGAUAGUAUUUAACGUUUUUAGGAAAUAUGUUCCGACAAAUUGUUAUUAUUUAUUUAGGUCAAAGAGAGCUAAAAGUAAGAUGAACGUUAGCUCUGUUUUUAAAAAAAAAUGCACAAUAUGCUUAGUCUAAUCGCUUUAAUAAAGUUAAAUAUUUU